GCAACGCGUCCACCUACCCCUGCUCACCUAUCAGGAGGAAGAGGUGAUCGGCGGUCGCUUUUUGGCUUUUUAAGUAACCCAAUCCCGACUCGUCACGCUUGUCUGUGGAAGUUUGACAACUGUGUGUUUGACGUUUGCUUCGUGUGUCAGAAAGUUAGAUAGUUUUUGAUUUAUCCUUAUAAUACAAAUGGAGACGCUGCUCUAUGUGGCCUCCGUGGCUCUGUUGUUGGCGUUGUGGAUCAAAAUGAAAGGUGUCGACUACGUGCUGAUACACCAGCGUUGGAUUUUCGUUUGUUUGUUCCUGUUGCCUCUCUCUAUGGUUUUUGACGUUUACUUCUACCUAAGAGCAUGGAUCAUUUUCAAGAUGUGCUCGGCGCCCAAAAUGCACGAGCAGCGCGUACGGGACAUCCAGCGACAGGUGCGUGAGUGGAGGAAGGAGGGCAGCAAGAGUUUCAUGUGCACGGGUCGACCUGGUUGGCUCACUGUGUCUUUGCGAGUGGGAAAAUACAAGAAAACACACAAGAACAUCAAUAUAAGUAUGAUGGACAUUCUGGAGGUGGACACUAAGAAGCAGGUGGUGAGAGUGGAGCCCCUGGCCAACAUGGGUCAGGUGACUGCCCUCCUCAACUCCAUUGGCUGGACCCUGCCAGUGCUCCCCGAGCUGGACGACCUCACUGUAGGUGGUUUGGUGAUGGGCACCGGUAUCGAGUCGUCCUCACAUAUUUAUGGCCUCUUUCAGCACAUCUGUGUGGCCUUUGAGCUGGUGUUGGCUGAUGGCAGCUUUGUGCGCUGCACUGAGGAGGAGAACUCUGACCUCUUCCAUGCCAUCCCAUGGUCUUGUGGCACUCUGGGCUUCCUGGUGGCGGCUGAGAUCAAAAUCGUGCCGGCUAAACCGUGGGUCAAGCUACACUACGAGCCGGUGCGAGGCCUGGAGAACAUCUGCCGUCGCUUUUCCGAGGCAUCCCAAGACAAAAACAACACGUUUGUUGAGGGCAUCCAGUACUCCCUGGACUCUGCUGUCAUCAUGACGGGAGGCAUGAGCGAGUACGCAGAACCGAAUAAGAUCAACAGAAUCGGCCUGCACUUUAAACCGUGGUUCUUCAAACAUGUGGAGGGCUACCUGACAGGCGACAAGGCCGGAGUGGAGUACAUCCCUCUGAGACAAUACUACCACAGACACACGCGCAGCAUCUUCUGGGAGCUUCAGGAUAUCAUUCCCUUUGGCAACCACCCAGUGUUCCGCUACCUCUUUGGGUGGAUGGUUCCUCCCAAGAUUUCCCUGUUGAAGCUAACACAGGGAGAAACCAUCAGACGGCUAUAUGAGCAGCACCAUGUGGUCCAGGACAUGCUGGUACCCAUGAGACACCUUCGCUCUGCCAUCAUGCGCUUUCACCAGGACAUUCAGGUGUACCCUCUUUGGCUGUGUCCGUUCCUCUUGCCACCUGGUAAAGGGAUGGUUCACCCCAAAGGUCAAGAGGAGGAGUUGUAUGUGGAUAUUGGUGCAUAUGGCGAACCUAAAGUCAAACACUUUGAGGCGACGGUGUCAACGCGGCAGCUGGAGAAAUUUGUUCGAGAAGUGCACGGCUUCCAGAUGCUGUAUGCAGACGUCUACAUGGACCGCGAUGAGUUUUGGGAGAUGUUUGACGGCAAGCUGUAUCACAAAUUGAGACAGGAGCUUGACUGCAAGGAGGCCUUUCCGGAAGUUUAUGACAAAAUCUGUAAGGCUGCCAGACACUGAUCCACGACCACACUUCCUGUCUCAGCAGCAUCAUUUCUAUCAUGUUUACACCAAGCAAACGUUUUUUGAAAAGAUGAAUCUUAAUUUCCUAACCAAAAAGGAAGUUGUUUAAUUGCUUGAUUCCAAAAUUUUGUGUAUUUUUAGCUUUCUUUUGCCCACUGAUUAGUCUAAUACAGACGUCCCUUUUUUCGCAGCUUCACUCUAUCACACUUUUUCAAAAAUAUCUGAUUACAAAAAACUUGCUGUUUUGUUAUGAAAAUGGACUAUUCGUUUAUUUUCUAUGCCGCUUACCCAAGUUUAUCGAAGUGCUGCAAGCUCAUAUUGAUAUAUUAUUAGUAUGAACUUUUUCUUCUUACAUUACACUUGUUUGCUCCUAUUUCCCUUCUGUUUUCUUACACUCAUGAUAUUUGGACUUUAUUGUCACAAUAUUAUAGCUUUUACCAAACCUAAUUUUCCGAAAAUUGCAACCUUAUUCUUUCUCUUUUUGUUUCUCAUAAUAGACCAACUUUUAUUUUAAAAAUACAUACUGUAUUUUAGUCUUUAAUAUUUAAACUUUUUGCUAUUUUUUUCUCUUAAUGUUAUGACUUUAUUUGACCAUAUGUUGUGUUUUGUCUGUAAAAUUACUUAUUUUCAAUUUUUACUGUUUUUUUUUUCUUUUUCUGUUUAAUCAUAUUUUGUGAGUGUAGCACGGGCCAAUUAAAAAAAAUAACUGCCUUUUCGAUGACAGAGGUGCAGGGCAUGGGGAUUGUCCAAGGUGAAGUGGGUGACCCUCCUCCCCAUCCCUCAAGGUCCUCAUUGGCACUGGGACGCUGCCUGCCCAAUCCCAUGCCUCGCCACCUCUGCAGGCAGGGCUCACUUGACUUGAGCUCAUGAAUGCUAUCAAAGGGCAGCAGACCCCACCAGUGUGUGUUAGCAGCGAGAGGCCCCAUGCUAUAAGGAAAGUGAGCUCUGAGCCUGCCCGGAAAUGCAGGCCAAUCACUGCCACCAGGAGGAGGCCAUUUGCCCCAGCCCCCAUCAUAGGUAGAUCCAACUGGGCCUGGGCCUACCUCCAGUGGAGACAUUUUCAUCCUCUUACAGUUAUUGUACAUACUCAAGUUCUGCACACAAAGUAAAUUGAUAAAUAUAAAGGACACCAGCAUUGUUUUCACAGUCAAUAAUAAUAAUGUUGAUUUCCAAUGAAGUAGAAAAAGAAGAUCGGGCCAGGUGGUACACAUUCAGUCCCACACUUUCAGUAUCAAAACAACUGUCCGAAAGAAUCUCACGGCGAAUGUCAACUUUUGGAAAAACGACAAUGCUUCCACCGUCUGCUCAAGUGGUCCAGCAAAAGCUUACCAUUAACUGAGUGGAAAAUCUACAAAAAAUACUCCACAACAAUAUUAAACCAAUGUAUUCCAAGUGUGUUCUCAAAGUGA